CAGAAGUUGAGAUAUUAAGAACCUAUUAGACAUUCACAUUUUACAUGCAGAGCUGAUCGUCUGGGGAAUAAUCAGCAUCCUUACAAGCAAUGGAGGAAAUUUCUGCCAUUAUUGAACCUGCCAGCCCACAACAUUCAACGAAUCACACUGGUCCGAGGAGCUCUAAGAGGAGUUUUCAUUCAGUUGAAUAUCUCUGUUUGGGGCUGCUGAGUGUUUUCCUGCUGGUUGGACUCAUCACCCUCAGCGUCCUCUACCAUGACUCGGCUGCAGAUCUCUCCACUGUUAAGGAAAGCCUGGCUGAGCGUCUGCAGGCCUGUAAUAAUGAACUUUCCUCCAUGAAAGGAGAGAGAGACCAGCUGAAAGCCAGCCUCGAUGAAAUGACUAAAGAGCGGGACAGACUUGAGAGUUUGUCCAAACAAAAGUCUGGUUCCUGGGAUGAAGGCAGGGAGGACUGUAAAGGCCGAGGAGCAGAUCUGGUGGUGAUAAACAGUCCUGAAGAACAGACGUUUCUUUCAAGGUUCAAAGGGGAAAAUCCAUGGAUUGGUUUGAAUGACAAAGAAAACGAGGGCACCUGGACAUGGGUGGACGGAACUCCUCUGACUAUUAGCUAUUGGGAGAACAUCCAGCCUGACAACGGUGGUGGAAGUCCACAGUGGGGUGAAGAGGACUGUGCACAAAUCAGAACUGCCGAAUCAACUCACUGGAAUGAUAUUUCAUGUACAACGUCUCUGCAGUGGAUCUGUGAAAAACUGCCAUAAGUUGCAUUUAGAAGAAACAGCAAGAAGAUGGCAGCAGAGCUCUGACUAUGUUGUGGCAGCAGCGUGACCUUUAUGUGACUGUGGUGUUCUUUUAUUGUGAAGGACACAAAUAUCAGAUGGGUUUUUUUUGUCUUUGAAUGAAUUCUGAGAUGUUUGUUCAUCUUCCAGCAUCAGGGGACAUGCAAUCUGUUUGAAACAUUCAGUCAUGUUUGUUCUAUUCUAAUACUAAAGACACAAAGGAAAAAAAA